GUUUUGAGACUAAAUUUCUUUUCGCCAACGAGCAACAUGACGAGUGGGAAAGCUUUGCCAAAAGUUCCCGAAUCUUUGUUAAAAAAACGCAAAGCGUAUCAAGCGCAGAAGGCCAAAGCUGCCCAAAAUGCGAUAUUAAACAGAAAAAAGGGCAGGGAAAAGAGAAAGCUCAUGUUCAAGCGGGCUGAACAGUAUGUAAAGGAAUACAGAUUCAAGGAACGUGAAGGGAUCCGUCUGUCGCGUCAAGCUCGUACGCAUGGCAACUUUUACGUGCCUGAGCAGCCUAAACUGGCUUUCGUAAUUCGUAUCAGAGGUAUCAACCAAGUUGCACCUAAAGUUCGCAAGGUUCUCCAGCUUCUCAGACUCCGUCAGAUCAACAAUGGAGUAUUCGUUCGUUUGAACAAAGCAAGUCUCACCAUGCUCAGAUUGGCCGACCCGUACAUCACAUGGGGAUAUCCUAACUUGAAGACCGUUAGAGAACUCCUGUACAAGAGGGGAUAUGGAAAGGUCAGCAAGUCUCGAAUUCCGUUAACCGACAACUCAAUCAUUGAGGGAGUUCUCGGAAAGGAAGGCAUCAUCUGUAUGGAAGAUCUUAUUCACGAGAUUUUCACUGUCGGUGAGAAUUUCAAGAAAGCGAGCAACUUCCUUUGGCCGUUCAAACUUUCAUGUCCGAAGGGUGGAUUCCGUAAAGUGACCAAUCAUGUCGUUGAGGGGGGAGAUUACGGAAAUCGUGAAGACAAAAUUAACGCCCUUGUCAGAAGAAUGAAUUAAUUUUCAUUUUUGUGGAAAAUUGUCAUGCAAUAAAAAUUUUGAACGAUGA